AUGUUAUCACCCAUCAUGCCUUCACUCAUACGACCUGCGCCAUCGAUGGCAGCUCUUUCAGCAUUAGAGUCCGCCCUCGCCUCAUUCAGGAUAUCCACACCCACGAUCGGCAAGCGACACGCAUCACAUCAAGCACAAGGACGAGCCAAUGGCGCAAAAGACGGACCAGGAAAGCGUUUAGGAGCGAAGAAGACGGCAGGACAAUAUGUCGUGCCUGGCAACAUUAUAUUCAAGCAACGAGGAACAUCGUGGUUCCCAGGCGACAACUGUUUCAUGGGCCGCGACCACACAGUACACGCCGGCGCCCCAGGCUACGUGAAAUACUACCAAGAUCCAGCCCGCCACCCCAACCGCAAAUUCAUCGGCAUAGUCUUCGAACGACACCAGACCCUCCCACAAGCCGCAAACGCAGUCCGGCGACGAAAGUUAGGAAUGCUCGCAUACCGAAUGCCCCAAUCAUCCGUCGAGGUCGAAUCAGAUUUGACCCACCCUCCCACAUCAGAGAAUGACGCAGCCAUUCCUGCAACGCAGCCACGACAAAGAUCAAACGAUGCGAGAAGUGUGACAUUGAUGCGAGGAAAGAAGGGCGAUCAGCAUGAGGUGACGCUGCGUUUAAAACCAGGAGGUUUCUACAGACAGGCGAAUUGGGAAAUUGGACGGGCGGCGGAGAAGAGUAAGGCGGCGAUGAUGGUGCAGCCUUUUAAGCCGAAUGAUCGGUUCGCGGCGUGGAGGAAGAGUAAUAAGAGGAAGGCGAAGAAUAUCGAGAGGAGAGCAAUGGGCAGAGGUGGGAAGAAGAAGGCGAAGAAAUGA